AUGCUUUCGUCGAGGGUCGCCAGAUCGCUGCCUCGCACCAUCUCAGCAUUCUCACGUUCCCCCGUCGCCCGCUCGCCUUUAGCAUCUUCAUUCACUCGAUGCCAGUCUUCAGGUGGCGAAGGGAAGGUAAAAGGCCAAGUGAUUGGUAUUGAUCUUGGCACAACCAACUCAGCUGUCGCUAUCUUAGAAGGCAAAACACCCAGAAUAAUAGAAAACGCCGAGGGAACGAGGACAACACCUUCUGUGGUCGCCUUUGCGCAAGAUGGCGAGCGACUUGUCGGCAUAUCCGCCAAACGCCAGGCUGUCGUAAACCCAGAAAAUACUCUCUUCGCUACGAAGCGUCUCAUCGGGCGCAAGUAUACCGAUGCCGAAUGUCAGCGAGAUAUCAAAGAGGUACCAUACAAGAUCGUCCAGCAUACGAACGGAGAUGCUUGGGUCGAGGCUCGGGGGCAGAAAUACUCACCUUCUCAAAUUGGUGGCUUCGUUCUCCAGAAAAUGAAGGAAACCGCUGAGUCGUACCUCAACAAGGGCAUCAAGAAUGGUGUCGUCACUGUGCCAGCCUACUUUAACGACUCACAGCGUCAAGCUACCAAAGAUGCUGGGCAGAUCGCUGGUCUUGACGUCUUGCGAGUUGUAAACGAGCCCACAGCUGCUGCGCUUGCGUAUGGACUUGAAAAAGACGAAGAUCGUGUUAUCGCAGUCUAUGACCUAGGAGGCGGAACUUUUGAUAUUUCGAUCCUUGAGAUUCAAAAGGGCGUUUUCGAGGUCAAAUCAACCAACGGCGACACUCAUUUGGGGGGUGAGGACUUCGAUAUUAACCUCGUUCGCCACCUAGUCCAGCAAUUCAAGAAAGAAUCUGGUAUCGAUCUGUCAAACGACCGGAUGGCUAUACAACGUAUUCGUGAGGCUGCCGAGAAGGCCAAGAUCGAGCUUUCGUCAACUCUUCAAACCGACAUCAACCUUCCCUACAUCACCGCUGACGCGUCAGGACCCAAGCAUAUCAACCUGAAGAUGUCAAGAUCCCAGCUCGAAAACCUCGUCGAGCCCCUGAUUGGCCGGACCAUCGAUCCAGUGAGAAAAGCCUUGAAAGAUGCAAACCUGCAGGCGAAGGAUAUCCAGGAAGUCAUUCUUGUUGGAGGCAUGACUCGCAUGCCCAAGGUCACCGAAUCAGUAAAGAGCAUCUUCGGCCGGGAUCCUGCGAAAUCGGUUAACCCAGAUGAGGCUGUGGCUAUCGGUGCUGCUAUUCAAGGUGCUGUCUUAGCUGGUGAGGUUAUGGAUGUACUACUGCUCGAUGUUACGCCCCUAUCUCUUGGUAUCGAGACUCUUGGUGGCGUUUUUACGCGUCUGAUAAACCGGAAUACCACUAUACCCACCAAGAAGUCGCAAGUAUUUUCCACAGCAGCAGAUUUUCAGACUGCUGUUGAGAUCAAAGUGUACCAGGGUGAGCGUGAGCUCGUCCGUGAUAACAAGUUGCUCGGAAACUUCCAGCUCGUCGGUAUUCCGCCAGCCCACCGUGGUGUUCCUCAAGUUGAAGUGACCUUCGACAUUGACGCCGACUCCAUCGUGCACGUUCACGCCAAAGACAAGUCCACCAACAAGGAUCAAUCCAUUACCAUUGCAUCUGGAUCUGGUCUCUCGGACUCAGAGAUCGAAGGGAUGGUAAACGAUGCCGAAAAGUACGGAGAGCAGGAUAAGGAGCGAAAGUCAGCCAUCGAGGCAGCCAACCGCGCUGACGGUGUUUUGAACGACACCGAGAAGGCUUUGAAAGAUUUUGCUGACAAGCUCGACAAGGCUGAAGUGGAUCAACUGAAAGAGAAGAUCUCCACGCUUCGAGAGUUUGUUGCGAAGAACCAAAGCGGUGAGGGAAGUGCAACGGCAGAGGAGCUUAAGGAGAAGACAGAUGAGCUGCAAGUGGCAAGCUUAAAUCUAUUCGACAAGAUGCACAAGGCACGCACAGAGGAGCAGCAGACACCACCACCGGGCAAUGCAGGAGAGACACCACCAGAGGGCCAACAAGGUAACAGCCAAGGCGAGAAAAAGCCGUAG